GAAAAGCGCCUCGACUUGGGCUAUGCAGUAGGGGGGAUCUAGUCGAUAGGGGUGGGGGAUGGGGAGUCAGUCCGACUGAGCGCCUGACUCAAAGCGGCCGAUGUUUUCAAUCACCUCCUUCCAUCACUUCCCACCCAGAACCAACACCACCAACCCAAGCACCAAACCAUGUCAUCACCACCAACAGUCAUACUCGACUCAUCAUCAUCAUCAUCAUCAGACUCAUCAGAACACUCGGAUCACCCCAGCCCAGCGAAAUCCAGCAAGAAGCUCAGCAAGAGGAAGAAGAACCAGAAGAACAACAACAAGCCAAAGGAUAAAUUUCUCAUCACUGCCGACCAAUGGACUCCGAUCGCCGGCCCAUCAGUCCCCAAACCGAACAAACACCAGAACAAUCAUCCUCAAGAGACACUCAGCCUAAUCGAGCCAACCACCAAUACCAAACUAGUCAGCCUCUUCGAACCAAGCACCUCAUCAUCAUCAGCAAGAACAGCAACAGAAGAUCUACUACUGGCUCAAUCAAAUGACCAAGAAGCCCAACAACCCAUCCUGGUCACAGUCGAACAGAGAGUAUCUCUCUACGUCAACUGCUUCGAAGAGAUGCUCAACAUUGUCCUCAGACACGAAGAUUUCCUCUUCCUACCAUCAGAGCUGAGGAUACUUAAUAGCUGGCAAGCACUCCCUCGUUCAUCAAAAUAUUUAUUCGUAAGACUCUUCAUGCGUAAACACGAAAAUUGGUUCAGACUAGACAAGCUGAGCAGCUACGAAGCCGACGUAGGAGAUCUCGGACAAACUUGUGGUUCGCUAUGCAAGCCAGUAGACGAGCUGUUGGCAGAGCUGAAGAGGAUGGAUCCACUGAUCACGUUACUAAACAACAACCAUUGUCGAGGAGGGAUGGAGAAUAUUCAAUAUCCGGGCGACCAGUCGGCGAGCCAUCUGGGUGGACCGCUGAAUAUGUCUACCCAACUCGAAGAAUUCAAUCAUCAAUAUGCCACUGGCGGAGGGUUGAAUGAUAUCCAUUAUGCUGGACAUCAACUCGAUAAUUACAGCCCUUGUCAAGGAACCAAUGAUCCUCAAUACCCUGCACACCAACUGAAUCCAUACAGCCCUUCUCAAGCAUCAAACAACCUUCCAUACGCUGGAUAUCAGAUCAACACCUAUAACAGCCCUGGUCUAGGAAUAAACGAUGUCCAAUACACGGGUCAUCAACUGAAUCUCUUCAACCCUUCCGAAGGAAUUAGCAAUGCUCACUACACCGGUCAACAGCACGGAAUCCCCGUUACUGGACUCUUCAGACACAGUCCUCCAGCCAAGCUCGAUCAACUGAAUCCAUAUAACAACCCGUAUGAAGCAAUAAAUAAUGUUCAAUUUACAAGUCAAGCGCACGGUACCCAUCUCGAUGGAUUUCUUAAGUCUAGCCCGCCAGCCAAAUUCGAUCCACUCAAUCUUCCCCAACAUAGCCCGAAUGGAGGGAUGGAUGAUGCCCAGUACUCUGGUGAACAGCCCGGGAUCUCUUUUAGCGACUUAAUUCGAUCCAGCCCAGCAGUCGAGCCCGAUCAUCUAACUACCUUUAACCAUUACGAAGGAAUGAAUGAUAUCCAGUGGGCUACCCAACAGCCUGUCUCUCUUGAUGAAUUGCUACAGUGUAAUACGCAUGAUCUGGCCAUGCUCGAAGGGCCCUACUCUGGCGCGCUGCAGGAUACUGAACUCGCUUACCAGGACCAACUCAAAUCUUUCAAUCAACUUUCUCCCACCAUUCCUUCAAGAAUCCAACUAGGUGACCCCAGUACUUGUCCCGAUUCACCAGCCGAUUCCCUCAAGACGGACGAAGGAAUCAUCGCGCAACUAAAUGUGUUUCUGGACCAAACAAGCCGCACAAAAAACUGGACCCAACCACCGGCCAACACACUGUCGAGCCAUCUGGACCAAGCUCCAAAUAGCUGCAGAGUAGAUGAGUCGCCAGGGCCGGAAUGGAUACCGUUUGAUGUGAAUGAUUCCCAAACUCUCCCAGACAUCCCACCCAUUCCCCCGCCGGUAGAUAUCCAUCCUACCAGCAUCACCAAGCCGCCGGAUCUGGUCUCCACCACACCAUCCGUCAGUCCCUCACGAUCACAGCCAGUGGAGAGCGGCAAAGAUCCCGAACUGAGUAGCUUUGCGACCAUGACUUCUUCUGUUGAUUAUGGUCUCCUCAACACCGAUGACUUGUUCGCAUGUAUGAAUCUCGAUGAGUUGAAGAGUUUCGCUAAGAAACUUAAUGCAAAUCCACACACCACUAGAGAUAUGAUCAUCCUUAGUAUCAAAGCUGUCACCUGCAAACAAUCUACCCUCUUCGGCGCUCCCUCUACUAACAAGGGCAAACAGAGAAAACAACUUUCACUCAAGUUUACUAAGAAAGGCUUGAAAGAAAGUCAGAUUUUGUCUCUCAACUCAAGAAGGCCUUCGAUCAAAUUAAGACCCAAAGUAUGUUCAUUAUUCAAACGACUUCAUUUAAUAUUUUACCGGUCGACGACGAUCACGGAGAAGACGAUGACGGCGUCGAUGUUAGCGCAGAUGCGGAUUCGAAACUACCCAACCUACACGGUGAUCCGAACGAAUUCGAUUUUUGAGUCCAGAGAGCAACUGAUGAAGUACGAAGAGGCGCUCGAGCUGGAGAAGCAGUUUGAUGAUCUGAUGGUCAAUGAACGUCGGCCAUGGAAUGAGGAUGACCAGGGCAAAGCUCGUCGUCAAGAAGCUAAGACUGUCAGGCUGAAGAAGGCCUUGGACGUCUUCGAAUCCGCUUGGCUACUGUGGCAAGCGGUCAUUCUCGAAGAAAAUGAUCGCCUCGAUAAUCGGCUUAACCAAGGUCUCAUCUACCCUGAAUACGAUCGAUCUAAUUAUUAUAAGAGGCGUUUCCAGCCAGGCUGGCCGCUAACACGAAUCUUGCAAAAAGGGCUAGCGAUCCUAGCACGGUUCAAGGAGUACGAGCGAGAAGUAAAAGUGUUGGAAGCGUUGAUCCAGCAGCCCCAUUUCCGACGAGGGAAGCGGGGACAAUGGUACGACCGAUUGGCACUGGUGUUGAUGACCCAUCUCGCGCGGGACGAGUCGUUGACGGUGGAGCAGCGACAGAUACACAUGAACUCGGCCCUGUAUACCUGCGAGCAUGGCUUGAAAGACCCGGAUACCCACCAGCUCUAUCGGUUCAGUCUCGGCCGAAGACUGGCCAGACUCCAGGCGAUCGGCGGCGCACUCCAGCAUCCUUGGAUGGACUCGCUGGAGACCCCUCAAGUAGAGGACUGGAAAGCCGCGCGGCGGACAACCAUCCUUCGGACCAUGGACAACGACGACCGCGAAAGCGGCGUCAAAUCUCGCUGGAUGAGUAUCCUCGAUAACACCCUCCUAUCCGUCGAGGAAAUCGCAUUGGAACAUUAUCUGAGCGAUCAUUCCCAUUGGCGUGGGUUUCAUUCGGAAACUGGGAUCUUGAAAAUGAUUUUUUCGUUGGUUUUUUGGGACGUUAUCUUUGCCCCCGUCCCUGGGGCAUUUGAGACCGCAUUCCAAACCGCUCCUCUAGAUAUUGCUACCGAUGCAUUUGCGAUCGUACGACGUCCAUUGAUAGAUGAAAGGAUGGGAAAGAUAGAAAGAGGCGGGAGUGAGGAAAUUGUGAACAGGAUGAGAGAGACGUAUGUGCGCGAAAGCGGGAGGAAAACCUGGUCGAUCGGCAUCAGUCAGGGCUAUUGGGAACGUUACCGGCUCGAAGAUCUCGAGCAAAUCGUCCGCUGUUUCUCAGCCCAAGCCUUCAUCCUGAUCUCUAAUGCGCUUUUCGAGGAUUACAGCGUCUGGUCUGCUGGCGCUCCCGAUCUUUGUCUUUGGGACCCGUCUCAAAUGCGUUGCAAGUUUGUCGAAGUUAAAGGCCCGGGCGAUAAGCUAUCCGAGCAACAAAAAAACUGGCUCAGUUUGUUGUUGAAAGCCGAAGGUAUCGAGGUCGAGAUUUGUUCGGUCAAAGAAGAUUAACACAUCACUUUUUUUUCUCUUUCUCUCCUUCUCUCCUUGCCUCUAUUUUUUUUUUAUUUGUGAAAUUUAUUGAUUAUCUUUUUCUAUUAUAUGUAUGUCUCUCUUAGUUACUUAUCCUCCUUCAUUCUUUUUUUUGUGUUUUCUUUUCUUGUUCCCCAGCUUCUUCCUCUUCUCUUCCCCCCCCUAGCUUUAUUUUAUUAUGUUUUUGGUUUGGUUUGUUCAUCCAACUUUGGGGGAGCCACAAAAGCCGCAUUUAACAACACCAAAAAACUAGCUGCAUUCAUUUUUUUCUUCUUCUUCUUGACAUAACACACACACACACACAAAAAACUAGAAGCAAAACACAUACACACACAAAACUUGUUAAAAAUUAUCUGUUAUUUCUUCUGGAUUUGUUGUCUUUUUGUUUUAUGUUUUCAAGGAUUGAUUGUUACAUGGAAACAAAGUGUGAUUUGAACAUAUGAACUUUGAUCAGUCUCAGUGAUGUUUAAUUUUGUCUGUUUUAUAGCACUUUUGUCUGUUUUAUAGCAUUGUCUCUGUAGAAUGUGUAAGUUUCUUUGGCACUAUCACUAGAAACAGCAAAUCCAUAUACAUACCCACAUAUUUGACCAAUGCAAAU